AUGUACCGCAACAUUUUAGUCCGUGACACAGAUAGGGAUUUUCAGCGUAUCGUAUGGCGCACUUCUCCUGACGAACCUAUACGUGACUAUCGCCUUCGUACUGUAACUUUCGGAGUUAGUUCCUCGCCUUACCUCGCACUUCGUACAAUGCGACAACUUGCGCUUGAUGAAGCCACUCGUUUCCCACUUGCUUCUCAAGUCAUAAUAGGUGACAUAUUCGUAGAUGAUAUAGUGUCAGGCGACAAUACGGAGGCAGAAGCUCUUGCUCUACAACAGGAGUUAAUAAGCAUAUGUCAGGCUGCCGGCUUUACUCUUCACAAGUGGCACAGUAACUCGCCUGCGUUACUCGCUGCGGUUCAGCCCACAAGUUCUCAUGGUGAGCAGCACCAUUACGUACCUUUUGCGGAGAUGGAAAAUGACAUGAAAACUAAAGUACUUGGUCUUCAGUGGAACUCAAAUUCAGAUUCAUUUACUUUCAGUGUUCAAAUUACCUCUAACAAAUGUACUAAGCGUUCGAUUCUUUCAGAAAUUGCUAGAAUUUAUGACCCACUUGGCCUUUUAUCGCCAGUCACCAUUUUUGCUAAGCAUUUAAUCCAGUUGUUGUGGAUAGCAAGUGUAGAUUGGGACGAAAACCCACCCCAAGAUAUAAUAAAUUCAUGGGCCAGUUUUACUAACGAGCUUCCACUCUUAUCGAAAGUUACUUUUCCGCGACAUGUAUUUACCCACACUCAUUCUGUACAACUUCAUGGGUUCUCAGACGCAUCCGAGAAAGCGUAUGCCGCAUGCGUCUAUCUUCGCGUGCGGGGAGACAUGGGUGCAGUGGAUACUUACCUUCUUUUAGCUAAAACACGCGUGGCGCCUACUAAACGUAUGUCCAUACCGCGCCUAGAGCUCAUGGCGGCCCUAUUAUUAUCUAGAUUAAUGAAAGCUACCUUAAAUAUUUAUGGGAAUCGCAUACCUCGCGAUCAGAUAUACGGAUGGUCUGACUCAUCUGUGGUACUAGCGUGGUUGCGUUCUUCGCCACAUGAGUGGAAAACCUUUGUUUCCAAUCGCAUAACAGAAAUUAUAAGUAAUAUUCGGUAUUGCCGUUGGCGGCAUGUUCCGUCUGCAGACAAUCCGGCAGACGCGGCUUCACGCGGAAUGCUUCCCGCCAAUUUUUUACAUCACAGCAUAUGGUUCCGCGGUCCUCACUUCUUAAAAAAGGAUGAGGCUACUUGGCCUGUUUUCAAAGCUACUCAGACACAAGAAGAAAAACGUAACAUUGCAAUUGUUUCCAAUCCAUGCACUUCUUCUUCCACCAACGACGACGUAGAAAUUAUAUCACGUUAUUCAUCCCUGGGUAAACUGGUACGUGUCACUGCUUUAUUAUUCCGUUUCUAUAAAAAAUGUAAGAAGGUUCAAACCCCUCUUUCUAAACAUAUUUCCGUAACCGAGUUCAAUUUUACUUUGAAUCGACUCAUAUUUCUUGUACAACAAUCCGUUUUUCGUGAUGACAUUUACAACCUUUCUAAGGGAAAACUCCCAUCAAAUCAAUUAAGACGCUUAAAUCCCUUUAUUGACUCAAACAAUUUUGUUCGCGUAGGUGGGAGGAUACAUAAGUCCCUUUUACCAUAUGAAUCAAAACACCAAUUAAUCUUCCCCUAA